CAGAAGACCGUCUUCGCGUUCCCAGCAAGCUUCACUCGGUUGUUUAUUUUCGUUACGUCUCUGUCUCAGUUUUGUGAGGGCAGUCUUGAAAGACACAGCUCGGAAGUUUCGGUAGAUGUACAUAUAUAUUCGACAAUCAGUUGCGUAUUACUUCCUGCGUGCUCUUCCAGGUUUUGUCUAUAAAUAAAAUGGAUUCUAAGUUCCUGAACAAAAAUGACAUGAUGCGCAGCCAAAAAGAUAAUCCAAGUAUGUCGUCUGAUUGUAUUUGUUACAGACCACAUUCCAAUAUUAUUUGUAAUAGAUGUGGCUUUUGGAUAAAGGGAAGGGUACGUUAUUACUGCCCGCAGCAUCCCAAGAUAGUCUUUCUACAUGAUCAUCAUCAAUGUCCUCGUUGUAAAAGCUAUGAUUUCAUGCUCACAGAGAUUUAAACUAAUAACAAGUUUUUUUACCAGUCUCCUUAACAUACACAGCUAUGAUUGCAGAUAUUAGAGAUAUCUCUAUACAAAAAUUACCAAAAAAAUUAACUUAGAGUACUAUAUUGUCAAUAUAGUAUAUAUUUAGUUUGUUUUAUACGUAUACACAUAUGGCAAGCUUUAGUUCACAGUUUAAAAGAAAUUAUUGUGACUAAGGCAGCAGUUUCAAUUUGAAUGUUUAUUUAUCCGUAAGACGCAAUACCAUAGUGUAUACAUAAAUACUUAAGAUUAUAAUCUAGAUGAAAACAAAAGAUAUUAUUUUGCAUAUUUUGACGAUAGUUAUCAGGUAAGAGCAAAUGGAAAGAUUAACUUUAGAAAUCGAUAGUAACUGAUAGUUUAUGUCCGACAUAAAGUUUCAUUGCAUAUAUUAAGAUUAAAAAGUCUAUUACAUAUGUUAAGAUUAAAAAGGAGGCUCCAUUUUCCUAUUUUCUUUUCGAGUGAUAAAGUGACCAUUGUAUGAUAUAUAAUGUGAAGAUUCAUCUAAAGUACAAAGAUAUUAGCUAGACGUGUGUUUUAGUAUUAAUUUCUUCACAUAUUCCAUAUAUUUUUGUUUAGCUAUAUUUUUUCUCUUUAUUAUUAUAAAUCAUGUUUUGUCAUAAUCAACAAAUAAUAUUAGCUUGGAUAUGGAGUCUAUUUUUGAUAAACAAUCACUUUGACAAUAUAAAUAAGUAUAAGGAUAUAAACAGUGUUUAUUUUCACAAGGGUAUAAAAAAUCAUCAUUCUCUCCAAAAGCAUCUCAGAAUUACAGUAAUUAAUAUAAAGCUAAGGAUUAUAUAUGAAAGACACACGUAUGAAUUCUUGCAUAGCUUAUGCUAGAAUCUACAAACAUUUUAUAUUGAUUUCGGAGUAACAUUUCCAACAUUUUCGUGUGUCACACCACUUUAAUUCAAACAUCUGGAUUGAAAUGACAAUGGUUACGUUCAGCGCAAUAAAACGAUCAGUGAGCGGUUAGUAAUUAUUUGUCUUUACUAUUAGAUUCGUAAAUUUAAAUCUGAAUUUUCUUGAAUUCGGAUUAUCGAUCUUUACUGUUAGAUUCCUAAACUUAGAAGUUAGGUGACGUAUUACUCAACCGUUGUGCAAUCGUUGUGUUUCUUGAACGCUAAUAUACGUACUUUAUAUUAAUGUUAAUUAGAAAUCGGUUAUACUUUUAUUUUUCUUUGAAUGAUGAAGUGUUUAUGUUAAUAAAAUUCAAAUGUCAAAGUCCUGUUAUUGAGGAAUUCAGGUAAUGCGUAAUAUCCAGAUAUAUUUUUACUUUAAGGGGAAUAAUAUAAUUUUAAUAUAAAACUUUGUAAUAAAACUAUAUGUCGUUGUCAAA